CCAGCGCAUUGAAAAGGCCUCGUACUUUGCGCAAUUUGCAGCAUGGACUGAGUGUUGGCCUGGUAUGCAAUGCACUGGCAAGCAUCUUGUCGCAAAAAUGACAGCACCUCGAGCAAAAGCAACGUAGAAGACGACAGAGACAAUCAAUGGUGGUCCAACCGUCCCGGAUCGUCUUCGAAAGGAGGCUGCCCACAGAAGCAAGGAGGGAGCAAGAGGACUGGGGCGGCUUGUCGGACGCAAGGGCCAGGAGGAGGCUCCAGAACCGGUUGAACCAGCGCUCUUAUCGCCGCAGAAGAGCAGCAGAACGAGCGGCCAGAAGGGCGUCAGCAGCCUGCAGCCCACACAAGCCCGUCCCGCUUGCGCCUCGAGAGCCUGUACCUACGGCACAUCAAAAAGGCAAAGUCAUCGAGACGGCCUCUAAGCGAGAUGCCCCGUGUCCAGAGAACCCCCUCGGUCGGGUUCAGGUCGACCUAUGCUCUCAGACCGUGCUCCAGCAAAUCACCUCCCCGGUCCCCGGAUGCGCAGUGCUGCUGUCCAAUCCCCAGGUCCGGAGGGUACACCACUACGCUCUCACGACCCUCUGGCCUUCGUUCAGGCACCACAGCCUCGAGACCGAUGAGUCCUUGACCUCAGCCUUCUUCCACCUGAGUAUGGUCGAUGACCUGCUGCUCAACUCAUUCGUCUGGACCGCCGCGUUGGUUAUGUCCAUGCACCUGCCUCAGACCGCCGUCGACAACGAUGCGGUCAUGUUCACGUGCCAAAAUAGAGCCGUCCAGAGCAUCCGCGAGCAUAUCGAGCGGAACGAAAUCUCAGACUCGGUCAUCUUUGCCGUGCUCGGCCUCACAAUACGCGACACGAACCCUCGGGUCGCCAUGCAGGAGCGGGGGGACGACUGCUUUGGAGGCUUCGAUCCUCCGCUGCGAUCGCUGGGCUGGAUUCAGUACUUCUCCCACUUUCGUUGGACGCCGUCUCACAUCCGAGCGGCCAAGUCCCUGGUGGCUGCGCGAGGCGGCCUGCAACACAUCACAACGCCGGGCGUCGCGGAGCAAAUCCAGUCCACAGACAUCCUCCAGGCUAGUUUGUCGCUCGGCCGCCCGCACUUCGCCCUCUGCCGUCUCUACCAGCAUGUCCUGGACAACCACGUCAGAAUGAUCCGUCCGCCCCGGGAGAGACUCGACGAGGCCUUUCCGGCCCUCGGCGACGUCGACUUCAAGGACCUGCUCCUCGACAUGAGAAUGUACUGCCGAGACCUGGACAGAGUUGCCGCCGAGUCGGGUGUUUCUGUCAGUGACGACGAUGCCGACCUCGUGCCCGCGUCGGUGGCUUGGGAAACGCACGUCUAUCGCAACCUCAUCCAGUACCGGCUCCUGCGUCUGCCCCGUUACGAGAGCCCAGAGGAGGAGCUCUGUCGCCUUGGAGCCAUGGUUUUCAGCUACGGCGUCAUUUUCCCCGUGGCCCGGCCGGAGCCGUUGCGGGCUCUGGCCAAGCAGUUGAGAACUGCAUUGGAGGACUAUGUUUUCUGUCCCUCGAUGGCGAAAGAUGAUGACGCGACGAUGCUCGGCGAGAACGAGGCAGAAGAGAGAGUAGAUGCAGACGCAGAUGCCGCAGUGCCCACGAACGCACCGUCACCCCCUGUGGCUUUCCUCCUGUGGCUCGCCGUCCUGGGCGCCAUGGCGUCCAAGAACACCGACGAUGGCCCCUUCUUCCUCAACCUCGUGUCAACAUGGUCUACGAGGUUGGGGGUCGUGCGCUUCGCCCGCCUGCGAGCCCUCAUGCGGAGCUUCCUCUGGCUAGAGCGCGCUUGUGACAAGGGCGCGUUCGGGGUGUGGACGACCAUCAGGGCUGGCAUCGUUGACGAUGAUGAUGGCGACGACAAUGGCGGUGUAGCUUCGCGUGGUCUGGGCCUAGAAAAGGCGGACGGGCGUCCUAACGCGCCUCUGCUGGAGCAACAAAAGGACGGAGUCGGUGGGUCUUUGCACCUCAUGUCCCUGAUCUGUGCAGGGUAGACGCGCCCAUACGAGGCCCUAUACCCAGGGUAGAUAUAUUCAGGCAGGCUCGUGCUUCGACACACACGGGUUCCGGGAUUUGGGGAUGGUUAAAGCUGCGUGUCAGCUGGCGGUAGAGAUCUCUCUGGCGCAAGUUCGUUCCAUCGGAAAAGGGGUAUUGCAAUCGCACAGGAGUCGUGAACAAAUCACCCAGGAAGUCGGACAUGUAUAGGGAAAUGACCCCUUCUCAACGUAUCUUACGGUAUAAAAUGAGCUUUGUUAAGGUACGUUGUGUUAUAUCCCUUCUGUGAUGGGACUUGGAACCUCGGACCUACUGGUAGACACCGCCCAUUUUGAGACCGCGUCGCAUCUUCCGCAGAAUGCGGAAUGUCAAGGGGCUGUACAGCCUGUUUGGUGCAUGUGCGAAGGUCUAUCUGCCUACUUCGCACCAUCCUUCUUCGCCGCCGCCGCCGCGGCGGACCCCACCACGCUGCCUCCGGGCCGUUUAUACUUCCUCUUCUCCUUGCGGCUCAUGAGGCCCUUCUCCCUGGUCCCCCUGCCGCCCUCCCAGAAGCCGCCGGCGGCCUUGCGUCGGCGGAUGACGCUCCGCCCGCACAGGCCGCAGUCCUCGCUCCGGAAGCGCUGCUCGCGCGAACACCAGCCGCAGACC